AUGGCUGGUGUGAUCAACUCGGCUAUGCCAUCAUGGAAAGAUAAUUCUCAAAAAUACCUUGGAAAAGUAACGGUGAUGAUACCAUGGCGGUCUCUGCAACUGCUCUUUCCGCAUCGUGUGCGGCGAAGAUUACGGUCCAAAUUGCGCAGUCGACUAUCCCCUUCUUCGUCGAUAUCCUCGCUGAAAACGUCAUUCUCACCUCUGGAUACCCUAAAGUCUCUGCAAUCGCAUCGUUGGACGGUCUAUGAUGGACAAUACUUGUUACUGGCGAUAAUCGGGAUUUUUGUUCUAUCCAUUACAGAGUCUCCUGGACCGCUUGCAAAGACCUUAAUUUCUCUAGUUAUUCUAAUCUCCCUGAUUCUGCCCAUUACUUCCCAAAUUCUUCUCCCAGCCCUGCCGACGAUUGCUUGGUUAGUCUUUUGGUAUGCUAUGAAAUUUAUACCAAGCAAUUGGAGACCUCCAAUCUGGGUACGCGUUCUUCCUGCGCUCGAGAAUAUAUUCUAUGGGGCGAACCUCAGUAAUAUACUCUCCACGCAUAAGAAUGUCGUUCUAGAUGUCCUAGCUUGGCUACCCUACGGCAUUAUUCAUUUCGGCGCACCUGCAGUGUGCACGCUGAUCUUCUUCGUCUUUGGCCCGCCAGGACUCGCUCCGAUCUUCGGUCGGAGCUUUGGAUAUAUGAAUGUGAUUGGCUCAAUGAUCCAAUUCCUCUUCCCAUGUUCCCCGCCAUGGUACGAGAACAUGUAUGGCCUAGCACCGGCCCACUACGGUAUGCACGGCUCUCCAGCUGGUCUCGCACGCAUCGACAAAUUGCUUGGCCUUGAUUUAUACACCUCAGGAUUCACGGCUUCCCCGGUGCCAUUUGGCGCAUUCCCGUCCCUUCACGCCGCUAACGCAACGAUUGAGGCCCUUUUUAUGAGCCAUCUCUUUCCCAGAUUCCGCGCUCUAUUCAUCGUGUACACCCUAUGGGUAUGGUGGGCGACCAUGUAUCUUUCGCAUCACUAUGCAGUUGAUUUGGUCGGCGGCAGUCUUUUAGCGGCAGUCACCUUCUAUUAUGCUAAAGCAAGGUUCAUUCCUCGUAUGCAACAUGACAAACCUUUGAGAUGGGAUUAUGACUACGUUGAAGUUGGCGACCAAACGGAUACCUACAACUACGAUAUGGCCACAUUACAUGGGGAGUUCCAAACCGACAGCGAUGAAUGGACAGUUGGAUCCUCCUCCUCAAUUUCUUCGGGAUCUUUGAGCCCCGUUGACGAAGCCCAGUCAAUUUGGGACGGUGAUACAGUAGGAGGGAACUCCGAUCUGGAAGCGGGCCGAUGA